AUGGGACGUUAUUCGCAUGAACCGGUGAAUGCGACCAAAUCGUGCAAAGCGCGAGGCUCGAAUUUGCGAGUGCACUUCAAGAACACUCAUGAAACAGCACGAGCUAUUAAGAAUAUGCCCUUGCGGAGGGCACAGAGAUACUUGAAGAAUGUAAUUGAACACAAGGAGUGUGUACCAUUCCGUAGAUUUAAUGGUGGUGUUGGCAGAUGUGCUCAAGCAAAACAAUUUGGUACCACACAAGGUCGUUGGCCUAAAAAGUCGGCGGAGUUUUUACUACAGCUCUUGAAAAAUGCUGAGAGUAAUGCUGAUGUUAGGGGAUUAGAUAUUGACCGCCUUGUAAUUAAUCACAUUCAAGUAAACCAUGCUCCUUGUUUACGCAGAAGAACAUACAGAGCUCAUGGUCGCAUCAAUCCUUAUAUGAGCUCACCGUGUCACAUCGAAGUAAUUUUGACCGAAAAGGAAGAUUUUGUAAUAAAGAGUCCAGAAGAGGAGCCUUCAAAAAAGAAACUCAGUAAAAAGAAACUUGCUAGGCAAAAGGAGAAAAUGAUGAGAGAAUAA